GAGGCUAUUCAUGCUAUGGCUGGCUUUGCAGGGUAUGGAGCUGGCCAUGGCCCCCGGCGCCGGCCCCAGAAAAGAGAUGAUAGACCAUUGUCCUUUUACAUAUCUAGACCCAUCAAAGACCUCAAAAGACUCUUCUUGCCUAGCCUUGCGCCUGGUGGUCGGAGGAAGGAGAUGCCUCAUGAGCAUGACAUAUUAAUUCAGGCACAGCCAAAUGCUACUCUUACUCAGAGGGAAAUCGACAAAGACUGGGAGAGUGUUCAGGUCCCAAAGGAUAAAGAUGAGUUGGAGACCACUCCUCCUACGUAUACCGAAUCUACAAUACCAAUUCAACCCAACCAGUUUUGUUUACAGGUCUCUGUCAAACACGAUACUCCUCAAGCAAGGAGCUCACACCCCACCGCUAUACCAAGACCCGAUUCGAACAACGAGCACAGUAUAGCUCAGCAACCACCAACCAUGCCUAACGUGAACAUUGUUCCUCAAGCAACGCAGGACAACUAUAACCCACAACCCGAGGCUAGACUUGUACCCAACUCGCCAACUGAAGGUCGCUCGUCUAUGAACUUUGACGACCCUAGGCCAGCUUAUGAUAGGGUAGAGGUAAAUGGUUUUCGAAAUGCUGCCGGGCAAAAUGAACGGCAAUCGUCUACUGGACCACAACCCGAUAAUAGCAUCCGCUAUCCUCCGGGCUUGCAAGUAAAGCAAAGUCAUAGUAGUGCCCCUAGCAGCACCAAUUUAGCGCUAUCGGAACAAGCGGCUAGCCCCACUGAUGCCUUAAAUAGAAUGUCACUGGUUUUGGGCGAUCAACAGUUGGAGAGACCCUCCAAUAUUCCUUUCGACUUCAGUCAAAGUCAGUACCCUGCUAACACUCACCAUCAAGAUCCAGUUAGCAACUAUCAGGGUCAAAGUGGCUUUGAUAACUUGCCACAAGAUCAGUAUCAGAAUCAGUACAUGCAUCAGAAUCAGCCACGGCGAGAAUCACCCAGUAUGCACCGGCACCCCUCUCAAUGGCCUAACCAUGACCAGUUUCACCAGAUGGAGGUUACUAAUACCACCACUCAACCUCCCAUACCCAUCCAGAAUGUAGGCCACUCUGAUGGAAUUAUUUACGCCAACAUGGAGACAUCUGCACAAGUUUGUGAGGCCCUUGAAGGAGGUGUAGCAGACUGUCAUUCGUUGAUUAAAAGAUUACAAGAUGGAUUGGCUUCAUUUCAAACUAAUCGCGAGGUCUUCAUGAAGGUGACUGGGGAGCGGGACCGUCUCUCAAUUGAAACAGCUGGUCAGAGGGAAAUCAUUGCUACCAUCCAGCAUGAGUUGAAGGUCAAAGAAAAGAAGAGUACAAGUUUGGCUGAGGAAACUGAGAGGGUUAGGGUUGAUCUCCAACUAGCCUUAAACAAAUGCCGAGAAGAAUCAGAGCAGAGCAUAGCUGAAGUGAGAGGUCGUUGUGAGCAAGAAACCGAUAGAAGGAUUAAACAAGAGAGACAGGCUCGUAGGGUUUUUAAGCAACUGGACAGACGUGUGAAGGAGCCAGUCGUACUCUCACCAUCAAAGGGUAGGAAACGUGACGAGUCCCUACGAACUUACAGGCAGGAGGUUAGAGCGUUCACUGUAAAUUCAAAGACACCCAUCCAGUAUUCCGAUCGAAACCGGAUCGGGAGUGGAAGUUUUGGAUCUGUGUAUGCAGUCAACUUGAAUGGGGCUCCAUGCAUCGCUAAGCGUCUACACGACAUACUUAUGGGGCGUGGCAAACAAGAAAAAGUUGCACUGGACGAAAAGCAAGUAUGCCAUGAAAAGUUUUGUCGUGAGUGUGUUUUAAUGAGCCAAGCAGAACACCCCAAUGUUGUCAAAUUCCUUGGAGUAUAUUUUGGUAAAGAUGAGUUUGAUCUGACACUGUUUAUGGAACGGCUUCACACUGACCUUGAGGCGUACCUCAGCAGCACCCCAAACGUACCUCUUCCCACUAAGAUAUCGAUUCUUCACGAUGUCUCCUGUGGACUACUCUAUCUCCACGAGGAGUGCUCUAUCAUCCAUCGCGAUCUCACAGCUGCUAACAUUCUCCUAACAGCCGACAACCAAGCCAAGAUAGCCGACCUUGGUGUGUCAAGAAUUUUCGAUAGAACUUUUUUACAGCUCUCAAAGAUUCCAGGCACUCUUGCAUACAUGCCUCCUGAAGCUCUCAAAAAUAUUGCCAAUUACGACGAAAGCCUUGACGUCUUUUCGUUUGGCGUUCUCACUCUUUGUGUUGGGAUCCAAAUGUCACCUGACCUCUCCUGGGAUCAUGUGCCCGAUGAUGUCCAUGCCAAGGGGGAGCAAGAAAUCUUCAAGAGAAAAAUUUGGAUUGAGAUGAUGGAACAAAAACAACCUGAACUAAUCUCGCUUGUCCUGUGGUGUUUGUCUGAUGACCCCAAAAGCCGACCUAGCACUUACUGUAUGAACGUUACCCUUCAAGAAAUGAAACACGACCUUUAGCAAAAUAGUACAGUGAACUCAGGACUUUGAUAUAACUUGUUUCUAUACAAUCAUGUAUUUAUUCAGGCACGUAUUUUGUGCCUAUAAUUAUAAUUAUGUUUAGCGUUUCAGCAUAAUUAUAAGAAAUGAACAUAAUAAUUAUUGUCAACCGGG